AUGACUUCAAUUACCAAACCAAUUAUCACUCUUAUCUUUGGAUUUCUUUUAAUUCAUAUCAAUGGACAAAUAUUAGUUAAUCCAACUUUAGGAUAUUUUGGUGCUAGAUAUUUGAUGCCAAGACCACUUGUACCAGUUGCAGCCCCAGUCGUUGCUGCACCAAGAGUUGUUGCUGCUCCAGCACCAGUUGCAGUUGCCGCUCCAGUUGUUGCAUCAGCUCCAUUACCAUAUGCUUCUUCAGUCGUUGCACCAGCCCCAUUGCCAUAUGCUGCUCCAGUUGUUGCAUCAGCUCCAAUUCCAUAUGCUGCUCCAGUUAUUGCUCAACCAAGAGUAUUUGCUCCAGCUCCAGCACCAGUAGCAGUUGCUGCUCCAGUCCCUGCUCCAGUUGUUGCAUCAGCUCCAAUUCCAUAUGCAGCUCCAGUUAUUGCUCAACCAAGAGUAUUUGCACCAGCUCCAGCACCAGUAGCAGUUGCCGGACCAACCUACGUUCCAGCUUAUGCUCCAUUUGCUCGUUCUGCCAUUCUAUUUGGAUCAUCUAAGACAAAAACCAAUUAA